CUGAUCAGUAAUUUUUCAGCGGGAAGCUAUUUGGUGGCGUAUGCUCGUGCAGCUGCACCAUCUGAUGAGGCACAGUUUGCUUCAUGUUCGAUAGGAUGUACAGCUAGUGACAUUACCGUGCGAGCAAAGCACUGGACAUCGGAGAAUGUACUUCUUCAAGUUUGUCUUCGGGAAUCAUUCCCGAACGCUGGAGUUGUACAUAAUCCACUUCUCAAUUGUCAAGAGUUCCCUGCUUCCGAUGGAUUGACAGCAACUGAACUCGUUUUGCCAAAGACUUCUCUAGUCGAUAUCGUAUUCGUGGCAUCGAAUUUCAUUGGAGAAAAUGGAGAUAUGGCAAUCUUGAACGAUAUCGAAGUCUCGUAUGAUAGAAAUGGUCCAGAAUGCGAAGAGACGGGAGGUAGCUCAGCAUUUGGCUCACAGAAGCAGGUUGUCAGGGAAGAGAUCGAGGAGACCGUCAUCAAGAGCACAAAAACGUCCAGCGGACAAAAUCAUGCCAAGGGAACGAAAACGCAAAAAUUCAGCGAAACGAUCUGUUCAGCAACCAAAUGUGACUUUGAAAACGGAAACACGUGUCAUUACAAGGACGCUUAUCAGUCGCAAUCCAUCCGUGGGCUAACAACGAAAUUCCAAGUUGUAAAAGGGCAAUUCAUGAACAGAGUCACUGGUGUGAAGGAAAGCAGUGAAGGCGACUAUUAUGCGGCCACGUUCUUGUUCCCACGUGAAAUGGCCGGUCUCGAAGCAACAACAGAGCCAUUCACCGAGAAAACCCGGUUACGCUUCCAGUACUAUGAAGGCACACAUGGUGUACAACUGAAAGAGACAGACGUGACCCCUGGCGUGUAG